AUGAGCGUGUUCGCGAGGGUGCAGCGCGGCGCGCAGAGGUGGUACACGCCGGCGUCGCCGAGCGCCAAGUGGGAUGAGGGCUUCUUCCUCGUCGCGGUGUGGCCGUUCGACGAGCCCCUUGAGAUCGCCGUCAUUGACAUCGCCUCGCCGGAGCGGCAUGAGAUGUUGGGCGAGGUCACCUUCCCCAUGGGAAGCAUCAAGGUGCAGCAGUUCGACAAGAAGAAGUUCAAGCCGCCGGCGCCGUCAUGGCACGACCUCGAGCUGCCACGUUCGUCCGACGGCGGUGGCGGUGGACGGCGGCACGAGUUCAGGAGCAAGAUACAACUGCGCGUAUACUACGAUGCGGCGUACCACGUCCUCGACGAGGUCACGUCGUACGCCAGCGACUUCCAGCCAUCGGCGCGGCGGCUCCGGUCGCAGGCCAUCGGUGUCCUCGAGCUCGCCGUCCUGCGAGCAACCGGCCUCCGGUCAACGAAGCGCCCGAACGGCGGGCGAGGGACCGUCGACGCCUACUGCGUCGCAAAGUACGGGCAGAAGUGGAUCCGGACACGCACGCUCCUCGACACGGCCUCGCCGAGCUGGAAGGAGCAGUUCACGUUCGACGUGUUCGACCCCUGCACCGUGCUCACCGUCGCCGUCUUCGAUAACAGCCAGCUCUCCUCCGCCGAGGCCUCGCGGCGCGGCGACACCGACGCGCCGCUGGGCAAAGUCUGCAUCCGCGUAUCCACGCUGGCGUCAGGCCGCACGUACGAGCAGCCGUACUCCCUGUUCGUGGUGCACCCCACCGGGCUCCUCCAGUGCGGCGAGCUCCACCUCGCCGUCCGGUUCACGCACACGGUCCUCGUCCUGAUCGUGUUCGUCGUGCUGGCGUGGAUGCCCUUCCUCGUCCUUCCGACCUUCUUCCUCUACCUGUUCGCCGUCGGCGCGUGGAACUUCUGGCAGCGGCCGGUGGGGCCGGCGCAGAUGGAGCACUACAGCGGCGGCGUUCCCCAGGCCAUGCUCGAGGAGGAGUUCGACGCCGGGUUGCCGUCGGGGACCCCGCCGGACGUACUCCUCCAGUGGUACUUGCGACUCCGGGAAACGGCCGCUCACAUCCAGGGGUUCAUCGGUGACGUCGCCUCGAAGGGAGAACGCGUGCACGCGGUGCUGGAACGGAGGGACGGCCGCGCCACGGUGAUCGCGCUCGUGGCGGUGGCCGCGCUCACCGUCGUGAGCUACGCGGUGCCGUUCAAGGCGCUGGUGUCUGUCACCGGGGUCUACGUGAUGAGGCAUCCGCUGCUGCGGCGGAAGGAGCCGUCGGCGCUGAUGAGCUUCUUCCGGCGGUUGCCGUCCAAUGCCGAUUGCAUCUAUAGGGUUGUCAUCACGCACAGCACUACUUGA